CUCUCUCUCUCUCUCUCUCUCUCUCUUUCUAGACAUUACAUAGUUGUCUUCUUCCACAUCUUUGUCAAGACUGCAGUUCUCUGGGUCUCUUUCAUUCAGUUAAACCAGGUGGCAAAUAAUAUCACCUUUUGAGUUCUAACAACUAUCAUAAAAGGAAAGAAACCUCAGGUUAUAAACUGGUGUUUUUCAGUUUUCAGUUUUUCACCUCUUAGAUACAGAAGCCUCCUUCCAUUUCUUGUCAGCACUUGUGCACUUUUUGGGUCUUUCACAUCUAAGAAACCCAGUUGAAAAGCUUCUACCUUUUGACCAGUUUCUAGGUCUUCCUCUCCAAAACUCUCUUAUCAUUUAUUGGCUACAAUUCAAGUCCCGGAACCCCGUGAAAACCACCCCCUAUGAAAAUUCUUUGGUGUGCUCUCUCUCUUGCUUUUCCUUCAUCCAUGCAAGUUCAGUGAAUCCAGAUGAAGAAUCCUACAUUUUAACCAGUUUUCUCUCUCCUCUCUGUAGAACUCUCAUUUCCUACUUCAACUCCUCAUUCAGGACUCAUGGCAUUUUCUUGGGCCUCCCCAAUCCAAGAAUGAAGAAACCCAGGUGAGAAAUCCCAUCUCUCAACCAUUUUCUCUCUCCUCUCUCUAGAUGUCCAUUCAAAUUAAGGAAUGCAGAUGAGAAAACCCAUCUCUCCCCUCUCUCUAGAACUCCAUUAACCAAGAAGUCUCAAUACUUCUUGCAUGAGACCUUCAGAGUGAAAGCAACAGUGCAAGAUGAAAACUUCUACACUUUCUCCACUCUCUCUCUUUAAAACUCUCCUCCCCCUCCUCUUCUUCUUCUCUCUCUAUCCCACUCUCUCCCACUCUCUCUCCUCUGAUGGAAAAGCCCUUCUCUCUCUUCUUGCAAGCUCAAGCCAAAUGUCAGACUCCAUUCUUAGAAGCUGGAACCCAUCUCAAGAGACCCCAUGUUCAUGGCAGGGCAUAAGUUGCUCUGAAGAUAACAGAGUAACCUCCAUUGACCUCCCUUCAAUAUUUCUCAACACCUCAAUCCCACCUCAACUCUCUUCGCUCUCUAACCUCAAACUCCUCAAUCUCUCUCUAACCAAUCUCACCGGUUUCAUUCCCCCUGAGCUUGGCCUCCUAACCCAACUCCAACUCCUUGAUCUCAGCUCCAAUAACCUUAUAGGCCACAUUCCCCCACAAUUAGGCCAACUCAAAUCACUGCAAAUUCUCUAUCUAAACUCUAACAAACUCCAAGGAAGAAUCCCACCUCAAAUAGGAAGGUGCUCGAGCCUUCGAAUCCUAUGCCUUCAAGAUAAUGAGAUCAAUGGUUCGAUCCCAGCUGAAUUGGGCGACUUGCAGAGUCUUGAACAGUUUCGAAUUGGUGGGAAUCCAGAAAUUUCGGGUUUGAUACCCCCUGAGCUUGGGCGAUGGAGGAAUUUAACCACUUUCGGGGCCGCUCAAACUGGGCUUUCGGGCCCAAUUCCAUCUACUUUUGGUGGUUUAAUAAGCUUACAAACACUGGCUUUGUAUGGGACUGAGAUUUCAGGCCAAAUCCCAUCUGAGAUAGGUGAGUGCACUGAACUUAGAAACUUGUAUCUUCAUAUGAAUCAGAUUAACGGAGUUAUACCACCUGAACUUGGAAAAUUGAAGCAAUUAACCAGCAUUUUAUUAUGGGAUAAUUUUCUCGAAGGCCCGAUUCCUGCUUCUCUCUCGAAUUGUUCUUCAUUGGUUGUUCUUGAUCUUUCUGCAAAUAAGCUAAGUGGGGAGAUUCCAGUAGAGUUUGGUGCUCUGAAUUCGCUAGAGCAACUUCAUCUCUCUGAUAACUUCUUGAGUGGUACAAUCCCAUGGCAGCUAAGUAAUUGCUCGAGCUUGACUGCUCUUCAAUUGGAUAAAAACCAGUUCACUGGGUCGAUUCCUUCCGAAAUUGGGAAUUUGAAGUACUUGCAGAGCUUGUUCCUGUGGGGUAACUCCAUUACUGGUACGAUACCUUCCUCUUUGGGAAGCUGCACCAAUCUUUAUGCAUUAGACCUCUCGAAGAAUAAGCUUACUGGUUCUAUACCAGAAGAGAUUUUUAGAUUGAAGAAGUUGAGCAAGCUUUUGUUGCUCACUAAUUCUCUAUCUGGGGUGUUGCCAAAAGUGGUGAAAAAUUGCCAAAGCUUGAUUAGAUUGAGAUUGGGUGAGAACCAGUUAUCUGGUGAAAUACCAGUUGAGCUAGGCCAGUUACCAAAUUUGGUAUUUUUGGAUCUUUAUACCAACCAUUUUUCAGGUGGUUUACCUUCUGAGCUAGCAAAUAGCACUUCUCUGCAACUUCUAGAUGUUCAUAACAAUCAUCUCAGUGGAGAAAUCCCACCUGAAUUAGGGAAUUUGCAGAAUUUAGAGCAACUUGAUUUGAGUCACAACAGCUUUCAUGGUGAAAUACCUCCCACUUUUGGAAACCUUAAAGUCCUAAACAAGCUUAUCCUCAACAACAAUCUGCUUACUGGGCCGAUACCACCAACUGUGAAGAGUUGUGAAAAGCUAACUCUCUUGGAUUUGAGCUCUAACAGUCUAUCAGGUACCAUACCACCUGAACUUGGGUCUAUAACAAGCUUAACCAUAAGCUUGGACCUGAGCUUUAAUGGCUUCUCAGGUGAACUCCCACAAGAAAUCUCAGGCUUGACACAGUUACAAUCACUAGAUCUAUCUCAUAAUUCUCUCCAUGGAAGCAUCGAACCCCUCGGAAAACUGACAAGUUUAACCUCUCUCAACCUCUCCUUCAAUAAUUUCUCGGGCCCAAUUCCAUUUACCCCAUUUUUCCGAACUCUCACUCUGAAUUCAUAUUUAGAAAACCCGGGAUUAUGCGAAUCCCUCGAUGGGGAGACCUGCAGCUCUGAUCAAAUUCAUGGAUCUCGAUUAAGAUCAGCAAAAAUUGCAGCGCUAAUCUGUAUUUUGAUCGGUUGCAUACUGAUCUCUGGUUUUUCAGGGUGGGUUUUCAUCGCCAAGCAUAGAAAUUCAGUAUCGAGAAAAUUGUCUUCUCAGUCUAAUGAUUCGUUCUCCGAUGAUUUCUCAUAUCCAUGGACUUUCAUCCCAUUUAAGAAGCUCACUUUCACGGUCGAUAACAUAUUGGAUAGCAUAAAAGAAGCGAAUAUCAUCGGGAAAGGUUGCUCGGGUGUAGUGUACAGAGCCGAGAUGCCGGGCGGCGAAGUGAUUGCCGUGAAGAAGCUAUGGAAAUCAAAGAGGGAGAAGGAAGAAUUCGGCUCUGAAAUCCAAAUUCUAGGGAAUAUAAGGCAUAGAAACAUAGUCCAACUCCUGGGUUAUUGCUCUAAUAGAAAUGUGAAACUUUUGUUGUAUAAUUAUGUUCCAAAUGGGAACUUAUUGACAUUAUUGCAAGAAAGAAAGGACUUGGAUUGGGAAACAAGGUAUAAAAUAGCAGUCGGGGUUGCUCAAGGAUUGGCUUAUCUUCACCAGGACUGUGUUCCUCCAAUUUUACACAGAGAUGUGAAGUGUAAUAACAUUUUGUUGGAUUCAAAAUUUGAGGCUUAUUUGGCUGACUUUGGGCUAGCAAAGCCGAUGUGUACUCAGAGCUUUCAGCAUGCAACUGCCAUGUCCAGAGUUGCAGGGUCUUAUGGGUACAUUGCUCCAGAGUAUGGAUACACUAUGAACAUAACGGAAAAGAGCGAUGUAUACAGUUUCGGCGUAGUUCUCCUGGAGCUGCUGACUGGUCGAAGUGCAGUAGAGCCCCAUGGUCUCCACAUAGUGGAAUGGGCUAAGAAACUCAUGGCUCAAGGGCUCGAGCACAGGAGCUCAAUGCUCGAGCCUCGGCUCAGGGGUUUACCAGAUAGCUCGGUUCAGGAAAUAUUACAGGCUUUAGGCAUAGCCAUGUUUUGUGUAAGCUCGAGCCCAGCUGACAGGCCCACCAUGAAAGAGGUCGUGGCCAUUUUAAUGGAAGUCAAGAGCCCUCAGGGUGAAGAACCAAGCAAACCUUCGCAGCCACUGAUGAAGCCCUCAAAUUACGGUUAGAGUUUCUCAGAGCAGGUUCAGGCCCAUGAGUAAGGCUUUAAACAGGGAAAUGGUGCACGGCCAUGAAUCUGGAAUUGGGUUUCUCAGAGAUGUCAAGACCCAUGAAAUUAAAAUUGGGGUUUCUCCGAGAUGCUUCAAGCACAUGAAAUGGGAUUAGGGUCUCUCCAUAAAUGGUUCAGGCCCAUGAAUUAGGGUUAGGGUUUUCCUUAGAGGUGGGGGGUUUUAGGGCCUGAAUACAUAAGCAAGGGUGGGGGGCUAUAAACUAGGGUUAGGGGUUAGUUACCCUAAUAAAGAGAGAAGGGAAUUUAGGGUUUGGUUAUUGACCCUAAGGAGAAGGAAGAAUAGGGUUAGGAUUUUCUGGGGUUUGGGUGGGGAUGAGGGUGUGAUUAAACAAGAACCAGUCCACCAUUAGUUUAAAAGGAUAAAGUGGUGGAUAUUUCAUUUCUUUUUCUCUACUAGUCUUUGUAUUUUUUUUCUCUUCUUAUGGCCUUUUAAGAGGAAGUGGUAUUUGAGUUGGGGGAUGGGGGAUAGAAGUGGUUUGAGGUUUUUGUUGGAUCUGAUGUACAGUG